AUGGCUGUUUCAAAUAACACUGCCGGCUUUUCGAAGGUCAUCGUCGUAGGCGUCGGCCCCGCGGGACUGCUCCUGAGUCUUCUCCUAGCUAAACGGGGGAUUCCCGUGACAAUGCUUGAAAUGGCCGACAAGCUGGACGAGAAGCCGCGCGCCACUCACUACGGCCCGCCGGCCAUGUACGAGCUCAACCGCGCUGGCGUUGGCGAUGAGGUCCGCGCCAAAGGCUUCGUUCCGCGCGUCGUCUGCUGGCGAAAGAUAGACGGCACUAUGCUGGCGGGCAUCGACGGGAGUGUCCUGGACGGCGACCCGGACCGAAUGGUAUGCCUUCCCCUGAACAAGCUAGGGGCCAUCUUGUACGAGCAUGUGACGAAAGAGCCCACGGCGAAGAUUCUUUUCAAGCACAACGUCAUUGCUAUUGGCCAGGACGACGACAAGGCCUGGGUGGACGUCCUGUCACCGGACGGGGAGUCGAGAAUGGAGGCAGACUAUAUCAUCGGCUGCGACGGAGCAAACAGCCAGAUCCGCCGGUCGCUUUUUGGUGAUAAGAACUUCCCCGGGCGGACAUGGGAUGAGCAGAUUGUAGCAACGAAUACGUACUACGACUUCACAAAGUUCGGUUACGAGGACGCCAAUUUCAUCAUUCACCCAGAGCACUGGUACAUGGCGUCGCGUAUCUCGAAUGAUGGUCUAUGGCGAGUCAGCUAUGGCGAACUGCCCGGGUUGUCGCCGGAGGAGCUGGUUGCCCGCCAACCCAUGAAGUUCAAGACAAUGCUGCCUGGAAAUCCGGAGCCGAGUGAUUAUAAGAUUGCCAGCAUCAGUCCGUAUAAGAUACACCAGCGGCUGGCCGAGAAGAUGAGAGUUGGCCGUUUCCUAUUGGCAGCAGACUCUGCACAUCUUUGCAACCCUUUCGGCGGUCUAGGCCUUACCGGUGGUAUAGUUGAUGUGGGCGGACUUUAUGACUGCCUUGUGGGCAUCUACGACGGAGUGGCUACCCCAGACAUUCUCGACAUCUACAGCGAUGUCCGAAGGGAGAAGUAUACCAAUAUCAUCGACCCCCUCUCCAGUGAGAACAUCCGUCGUCUAUUUGCACAGGACCCCGAAAAGGCUCUUGAGACGGACGAAUUUCUGAAGCUUUGCCAAAGGACAGCAACAGACGUGGAGUUCUCGAAGGAAUUCCAAACUGGCAUCAACUUUCUGAAAUACGACUUUGCAAAGCAUUACAGCAACGCAACAGGAGCAAAGGACGCAGCGGUGGGCGGCCACGGAUUCUCUUCUUCGGGGUUGGCAGCGGCUGUGGGGGUCACUGAUUAGACAACAAAAAAAGGCUUUCACGAUGGAAGACUUAAAUUG